AUGAGCCACGACCAAGCUGUCAAGGAGGCCUCGGCCAAACACCCCACUCCUGCUGAGCUGGUGGGCAAGUUCCAAUAUGGCACUGCUGGCUUCCGUAUGAAGGCGUAUGUUACUCUCACCCCCGUCUCAUUGUAUCCCAACUCACCAUCCGCAGCNAACAUCCUCGACUCGGUCGUCUACCGUGUAGGACUCCUGGCCUCAUUGCGCUCGCGCAAGCUCAAUGGCCAGACCAUUGGUGUCAUGAUCACCGCCAGUCACAACCCUCCCGAGGACAACGGCGUCAAGCUUGUCGAUCCAAUGGGUGAGAUGCUCGAGGCUUCAUGGGAAAAGUACGCUACUCAACUCGCCAAUGCCGAUUCCGAUGACCACCUCCUCCAAGUCUACAACGAACUCGUCAAGACGCUCAAGGUGAACCUCGAUGCUCCUGCCAGAGUCAUCUUCGCCCGUGACACUCGUGCCUCGGGUUCUCGCCUGGUCGAAUGCCUCAACGACGCCUUGACUGCCACCAAGGCUGACGUUACCGAUUACAAAAUCCUCACCACCCCUCAACUUCAUUACCUGGUUCGCUGCGUCAACACAAAGGGCACUCAGGACGAGUACGGUGAGGUCAGCGAGAAGGGCUAUUACGAGAAGUUGGCUGCCGCUUUCAAGCAGGCCAUGGAACACACAAAGGCCCAGGGCCACUUGACUGUUGACUGCGCAAACGGUGUCGGAGGUCCUAAGCUGCGCGAACUGCUCAAGCAUCUUCCUUCUCCUGCUGAUGGUGGUCUCGAUGUCAAGGUUGUCAAUGAUGACGUCCACAAGCCCGAGUCCUUGAACCACCAGUGCGGUGCCGAUUUUGUCAAGACUAACCAGCGUGCACCUCCUUCGUCCAAGGCUGGUCCUGGAGAUCGCUGUUGCUCGCUGGACGGUGAUGCUGACCGUAUCGUCUACUACUUCCAAGACGAGAAGAACGUCUUCAGACUUCUGGACGGUGACCGCAUCGCUACUCUUGCCGCCUCAUUCAUCGCCGAACUUGCUCGUCAAUCUGGUCUGAUGGACAAGCUUACUGUUGGUGUUGUACAGACUGCAUACGCUAACGGUGCAUCGACAACGUACAUUCAAAAGAACCUGGGUUUGCAAAUCGUCUGCACUCCUACUGGUGUCAAGCACUUGCACCACGCUGCAACUCGUUUUGACGUGGGUGUUUACUUCGAGGCCAACGGACACGGCACCGUCGUCUUUUCUCCCUCCGCCCUCAAGUCCAUCCACACUCAUCAGCCUCAAUCACCUGCUCAGGCUGAUGCUCUGUCAACACUUAUGGCUUUGACCGACCUGAUCAACCAGACUGUCGGUGAUGCGCUCUCCGACCUNUUGCUCGUCGAGGUCAUUCUUGCACACAAGGGUUUCAGCUGCGCUGAGUGGCUGCAGACCUACACCGACCUGCCCAACCGUCUCGUUCGUGUCGAAGUUGCUGAUCGCAAUCUCUUCACCACCGUCGAGGGCACUGCUGAGCGUCAACUCGCAACUCCCGCUGGCGCACAAAAAGACAUCGAGAAGGUUGUCGCCAAGUACAAGGACGGCAGAAGUUUUGCCCGCGCUUCUGGUACUGAAGACGCUGUUCGUGUGUACGCCGAAGCAAGCACGCGUGCUGAAGCUGAAGAUCUUGCUGCUGCUGUUGCUCAGAUCGUGAGAAAGUAUGGUGCCAAAUAA